GCAUAAGAAGAAAAAAAAAGAAACGCCAAUUAUUGUCUGAAACCCAGAAGAAAAAUAGGUUCGAAAAUGGCAGAGGAAACUCCUAGAUAUGCUGUAGUUACUGGAGCAAACAGAGGGAUUGGAUUUGAGAUAUGCAGACAAUUAGCUAGUCAAGGGAUUAGAGUUGUUUUGACAUCUAGAGAUGAGAAAAGAGGACUUGAAGCUGUUGAGACACUGAAGAAAGAACUUCAGAUUUCUGAUCAAAGCAUUGUCUUUCAUCAGCUUGAUGUCUCUGAUCCUGCUAGUAUCACAUCUCUUGCUGAGUUUGUGAAAACCCUAUUUGGGAAACUCGAUAUCUUGGUCAAUAAUGCAGGGGUUGGUGGUAUAAUCACUGAUGCUGAAGCUUUAAGAGCUGGGGCAGGGAAAGAAGGUUUCAAGUGGGAUGAAAUCAUCACGGAGACUUAUGAGUUAGCUGAAGAAUGCAUCAAGAUUAACUAUUAUGGACCAAAGAGAAUGUGUGAGGCGUUUAUUCCUCUUUUGAAGUUAUCUGAUUCACCAAGAAUUGUCAAUGUAUCAUCCUCCAUGGGUCUACUAAAGAAUGUACAAAACGAAUGGGCAAAAGGAAUCCUGAGCGAUGCAGAGAAUCUCACGGAGGAAAGAAUCGACCAAGUGAUCAACCAACUUCUCAAUGAUUUCAAAGAAGGUACAGUUAAGGAAAAAAAUUGGGCUAAAUUUAUGUCAGCUUACGUGGUUUCAAAGGCCAGUUUGAAUGGUUACACGAGGAUCUUGGCGAAGAAACAUCCCGAGUUUCGCGUAAACGCGGUGUGUCCUGGAUUUGUUAAGACGGAUAUGAACUUCAAGACUGGAGUUUUGUCUGUGGAAGAAGGAGCAUCAAGUCCUGUGAGGUUGGCUUUGCUUCCGCAUCAAGAAACUCCUUCUGGUUGUUUCUUUAGUCGCAAGCAAGUUUCAGAAUUCUGAAUUUUACUUGUGUGAGAAUCAUCGUUUGAAUGUCGAACAUAAACUCUUAGAUAAACAAAAAAUUUGCUCUGCCGCUGAGUGUGUUGAGUGUUAGAAAACCUUUCAAAUAAAUUUAAUGCAGACGG